GUUGCACUGUGUGGAUGUAGCAUCUUUGGAGAGCCAGGAUGCCUCUGGAGGUCAAAUGGCCAUUUCCACAUUGUCCUGCUCUGGCAUGGAGGAUCUCCAGCUCAUUGGUCAUGGGUCUGGUGGGCUCCUAUUCCUACUUCUGGACCAAGUACAUGAAUUAUCUGACAGUCCACAACCAUGACGUUCUGUUGAAGCUGAUUGACCACAGGCCCUCAGACACACCCCUCAUCACUUUGGCCAAUCACCAGUCCUGUAUGGAUGACCCACACAUCUGGGGUGUGCUGAAGCUCAGACAGCUGUGGAACUUCAAGAAGAUGCGAUGGACACCAGCAGCAUCCGACAUAUGUUUCACAAGAGAGCUGGACUCCAGCUUCUUCAGCCGUGGGAAGUGUGUUCCUGUCUGCAGAGGUGAUGGUGUUUAUCAGAGGGGCAUGGAUUUUAUUUUGGAAAAACUGAACAAAGGUGAAUGGGUGCACAUUUUUCCAGAAGGCAAAAUCAAUAUGACUGAGGAAUUCAUCCGCUUAAAAUGGGGUGUGGGUCGACUAAUAGCAGAGUGCUCCCUUAAUCCAAUUAUCUUGCCACUCUGGCAUGUAGGCUUGAGUGACGUUCUGCCAAAUAUGAAGCCCUACAUUCCUCGGACAGGCAACAGAAUCACAGUCCUGGUGGGGAAACCCUUCAGAGUCAAAGAGCUGGUUGAAUCCCUCCGAGCUGAAAACAAGAGCCAGAUGGAAAUGAGGAAGAUGUUGACCGAUUCCAUCCAGGUGGAGUUUCAGAAGCUGAAAGCCCAAGCAGAGGCCCUCCACAGACAGACGAUGAGCAGAUCCUGAGUCCUGGUCCUGGUCUUGGUCCUGUUCCUGCGUACGUGCCUCAACCACCAGGACUGACUCACCUUCAAACUCAGGAUAAAACCUUGGAACAAACUAGUGAUUUGGUGUUUGCUCAAACAUCAUGUUCGAGUUUGAGUUUAAUUCUAAAACAAACUGAUGGACAAAAAUCAUCUUUUUUUAUUUUGGAUGCAACAGAAGCUUUUUGCAGUUCGGCUAUCAGUUAAAUGUAGAAGGAGUUUUAAUCUUAUUUAUAAAUGUAGUUGCUGUGAUGAUUGAAUGCAGCUAAAAGUGGA